AUGGGUGACACGACGUAUACUGUGACAGAGGCCACUACACUUGUUGUCACAGACUGCCCUUGCACCGUCACCGAGGUAUGCCACACUUGCACGGCUGCUCCUACCGCUGUUCCUGUCCCUGGUGAAGGUGGCCAGCCUGGAACUGGAGGUCAACCCGGCCAAGGUGGUGAACCUGGAACCGGCGGCCAACCCGGCACCGGCGGCCAACCUGGAGCCGGAGGUCAGCCCGGACAGGGAGGAGCUCCCGGUCAAGGUGGUGAGGGUGGUGAACCUGGCACCGGAGGCCAGUCCGGCAACGCAGGACAACCUGGUACUUGGGGCCAGCCCGGAACCUCCGGUGACAGCAACACCCUCAGCCCAUCGGAGGUCUCCCCUCCCGCAUCGUCCGGCACCAAUGACGAAAAGGCUCCCUGCCCUACCUGCCACGUCGUUACCGCCGGCUCCAGUUCUCUCUCUGUCGCCCUUGGUGCUGCUGCUGCCGCCUUGGUCCUCGCCUUCUAAGUCGUGGAACCCCCUUUGAUCGUAUUCACUUCUACUUGGUGCCGUUCUGGCCCGUAUUCUUUUCCCCAAGAAUCUUUCCCCAGGUUUGCCUUUUUACUAUGGCCACCAUGUCGUAGGGUCGUUUGUAAUACCUGGCUGUCUUUUGUACAGUCGAGCUCGUAAGUCGAAGAAGAAGAGCGUAUCUCGACAGCAAUAGCGUUGGAAAUUUAGAAGAAAAACAUGGAAUAUACCCCGUGUUUUUACUAUGUAUGUGUUUCUGUUCUCAUGUAAGUGUAAGCGUAGUGUGUUAGUAGUCCGAUUGAAGACCAGAUAUCUUUCAAGUAUCCAAUUUGAGCUAUUGGAUUUCCGUUUUUGGAGGUUCCUAAACGUAGAAAAUUAAUUAACCACCCUAUUUUGGGUUGUAUAUCAAUAUUGAGACUCCACAACACGGCAAAGUUGCUGUCGUCUAAUAUUGACGGUUCUGCAUAGUGCUUGGCACGCUCCUUACAUUUAUC